UUUAUUUAUGGGUUUUGAAAUUCAUUUUUUCUUGGGUAAUUUUUAAUGCAAAAAAUAAUAAACCUAUAUGAGUUUAAUCACCAAUGACAACUAGCCAACUAGUCCUGGCCUUUUAUUAGUGCUUUAAAUAUGGCCUUUAAUGAGAGCAUCCUGCUUCACUCACUAUCACUAAAACAAAGAACAGAAAUGGGAACUUCAGUAAUAAAAGCUCUCAAAUAUCUUCUACUUUUCAACAUCUCCUUGACCUUCAUCUACACCAAUGAAGUCUCCGCUUCUCCAGUGACUCUACCGGCGGCAAAGAUGAGCCGUAGACUUGUGGCGGUUCAAGGCAUGGUUUAUUGCAAGUCUUGCAAGUACUCCGGCAUUAAUACGCUCCUAGAAGCAUCUCCUCUUCAAGGAGCGACUGUAAAGUUUGCAUGCAACAACACAAAGAGAGGUGUGACGAUGGAGACAAAGACGGACAAAAACGGAUACUUUUUCAUGUUAGCUCCGAAUAAACUCACCACCUACGGUUUCCACACAUGCCGGGCUUGGCCCACGAACCCAGGUCCCGCGGCUGCUACGGUGACAUGCACCGUCCCUUCACAGCUCAAUAAUGGAACCACCGGUGCUAUGCUUAAGCCUUCUAAAUCAAUCAACAUAGCUGAACGCGGCUACGUUUUAUUCUCUGUUGGUCCCUUCGCGUUUGAACCGGCAUGUACUCGUUGAAGUCUCGACUUUCUUCUUUAUGUAUGUGUGUGCUUGCUUGUUAUGACUAUCCAUCACUAGUGCUUUAAAUGUUUUCAUCGUCGUGUUUGCUUUUUUAGUAUGUUCACGUUUUAAAGCUCGUCUUGGUAGACAUUUUGAGAUUGUUGGUGUGUUUGAUUUCCUAUAUAUCCUUAUUGCU